GUAUUAAAGGGUCACAACAUUAGGAAGGUUGAGAACGAGCGCAGAGCGGUUUGGUCGGUCGUUGGGGAAUCAUCUUUGCUCGGCGAGCGCGGCUCUUCAUCGGGCACCAGAAGCCGCGCGGCGCUCUGAGAAGUGGCCUAAAACUUCGGCGUUGGGUAAAAGAAAAUGGCUCGAACCAAGCAGACCGCUCGUAAAUCCACUGGUGGGAAAGCCCCCCGCAAACAGCUGCCCACCAAAGCUGCCAGGAAGAGCGCUCCCUGUACCCGCGGGAUGAAGAAACCUCAUCGCUACAGGCCCGGCACCGUGGCGCUCAGACAGAUUCGUCGUUAUCAGAAAACGACUGAGCUGCUCAUCGGGAAGCUGCCUUUCCAGAGGCUGGUGAGGGAGAUCGCCCAGGAUUUCAAAAGCGACUUGAGGUUUCAGAGUGCGGCCAUUGGUGCGCUGCAGGAGGCGAGUGAAGCGUACCUGGUGGGUCUGUUUGAAGAUACCAACCUGUGUGCCAUCCACGCGAAGAGGGUCACCAUCAUGCCCAGGGACAUCCAGCUGGCUCGCCGGAUACGGGGAGACAGAUCUUAAGUCAAGGCAGUUUUUAUGGCGUUUUGUAGUAAAUUCUGUAAAAUACUUU